CAGAGUAUUACUGUGAAAAACAGAUGCUGAAUAAAAAAAAAAACAUUCAAAUAUUUUAUCUCUAAAAAAGAGAAUGUGUGAGUGUGGGAAUGGCAUCAAAUAUGGGCCUAGGAGGAGGAGAAUGCACUAACUACAGAGAACAGCCAUAUCAUAAAAGGUAGAAGCUACUGUAGAAAAGACCUUACAGGAAGCUUAAAUUCUGCACUGAUAGAAAACGAGUUCUAAAGUGGACUUGCUUAAAAAAAAUUAAAAUAGACUGGAUUAAAAAGUUGCCACUGUGUAUAUAUAGAAUGUAGUAUACACAGACUUCUAAUCCAGAGUUCUGAAAUUUAGAAUUUAGAGAAUGUUCAGUCAAAGAGAUAAGUCACUGACAAGGGAAAACAAGGUAAUUAGGUGACAUGCAUUUUGCAGCAGAUCCAGAACAGUUCUAUUAUUGACGCGGGCCAGAGAUUUCCCGGGCUAGCUCCGAUAGGUUUUCUCUCUGGCUCGGGCCAGGAGGGGCCUGAACUGAGGCUACUGUUUUAGCCCAGAUUCGGGUUUGAGCUUUUCAGCCCUUCUUUGAACACACGUCUUUGAGAUCAGGCGAAGUAGUGAGGGGAGGACUCUCUUCUGGUUUGCGAUUCACAGAUUUAUUCUGUAAGGAGAAAUCCAGGAGAAAAGACAAAGGACGGGGGGUCUGACCGGCUCCUUUUAAAGGGUUAACGCCUUGGGGGGUUGGGAAUUGUGAGACGCAGUUAAAAAUCACAGCUGGCGGGCACACAAACUUUCUACGAAUAAAAUACCGACAGGUAAAGAUAAGCGGUAACGGACAUGGGAAUUCUCUAAUUAAUUUCCGAGGAUUAGGGGUUUUUGCAAGACGGGGUGGAGGAGAGGGGGAGAGAUCGCGUUGCCUGAGCCUCUGCUGGAACACGAGAAACCGGAAACACACCGGUAAAAGCGGCAGAGACACCGCGCCGGGGCCGGAGUAACAAAAAAAGGGAUGUCCAGCGGCGGCGGCCGCCCGCCGGGCGCCCGACAACAAAGGAGCAGGUCUCCCUCGGCCGCGCGGGCCGCCCGGAGGGAAAACGGAGGCGGACACAGCGCGGGGAGAAACACGAGCUGAAGCCGGAGCCUGGGGUCACGCCGGCCGGGGCCCGCGUGAGCGAACCCGCUUCGGGGAGCAAAGCUUUGUGUUUAAAAUGGAAGUUGAUGUGAAUGGAGAGUCCAGAACUGCCCUCUCCACCCUCCCUGUGCCUCUUGCAGAGGCGAGUUCUGCGGCCAGGAUGGAAGCAGAAAAGCCACGCUGUUCCAGCACCCCCUGCUCACCAUUACGGCAGACAGUUGCAGGAUAUCAGAUCCUUCACAUGGAUUCUAACUACCUGGUUGGCUUUGCAACUGGAGAGGAGCUGCUAAAACUAGCCCAUAACUGUACAGGAAGUGAGGACAAUAAAGCAGAAUCUGGUCCUAACUUGGGCUCCAAACAUAUUGAUUCAGGACUUCCACGUUCCUCGCGUUUGUACAAAACUAGAAGUAGGUACUACCAGCCAUAUGAGAUCCCAGCAGUAGAUGGAAGGAGGAGGAGACGGAUGCCCAGCUCAGGGGAUAAAUACAGUAAAGCUUUACCAUAUGAACCUUACAAGGCACUUCAUGGUCCCCUGCCUCUCCGCCUUUUGAAAGGUAAAAGGGCUCAUUCAAAAUCACUGGACUACCUCAAUUUAGACAAAAUGAACAUUAAGGAACCUCCUGACACAGAAGUGCUACAAUACCAGCUCCAACACCUUACUCUUAGAGGGGAUCGUAUGUUUGCAAGGAAUAGCACAUGACCUAUCAUCUCAAAUUUAGAAAUGGUUUCUGAUCUUUUCUCUGUUGCUGCAAAAAUCUACUGUUGUACUGUGUACAUAACUUUCCACAAUAUAGGUGGUUUUAUCAGGUCAGUGUUACUUUCCAGAAAGUAAUUUAUUUCAAUACAGUCUUGACAGAUGCAAAUACUUGGAGAGAGAAAUCUUUCCUGAUAGAGCAACUUCUAAUGCAGAUUUGACUGCAACUAGUGGAUAUUUCUUUGGACACAUUUUAACAAAAAAAAGCUUUUGAUUUUUGGGAUUUUUUUUCUGUACUGCUACAUCUAGUGUUUACAGUAAUUCAACACUGAAAAAUCGGUGAUGUCUGCCUGGUUGUUGCUAAUUUUGGCUUGAUGUUAGAAACUGCUUUUGGAUAAGUACUCAAGGAGUUUUUCUGGGUUUUCUUUUUGUUUCUGUAGUAAAAUAUAUGGGUUUUACUUACAACAUGAACAGGAAAGUGAGCUUGACUGGAUGAAUCACUUUCUAUUUAAACAAUCCAAUUCAUUUUGAGACUGCGCUUGUGUUGGUGAUGUGGGUGAGAUUAAUUUGUAAUAGAAACCUUUGCUACUUGAAUCCUAUUAAAUUAUUUUUUUAGUUUCUGCAUGAAAGUAAUUGCUUUAUCCUUUUUAUUCUAUAAAACAUGUUCAGAAUAAUUAUUUCAGUUAUUUAAAGCAAAUAUUUUACAAAGUGCAGGUCGUUUUUUGUUUUGUUGUUUUGUUGGAGUUUUUUUUACAUUGUCUUGAGACAAACUGGAAUGUGUGUAUUGGUAUGUUGGUAAUGUUUUUGAUUUUGUGAUUUUCAUUUCAUCUAUAGUAGCAGAAGGUGUCAACUUCAGCAUAUCUUUGGAAAUCUGGAAAUUUGACUUGAAGCACUGAACACGGGCUCUGGAGGGAAAAUUGUUUCUUGACAAGAGUGCAAGUAAAAUACUUCUUGUCAGCAUUGAAGAGAUGAUCUUGAAUUUUUCAGCAGAAUAAUGCACUGGGUUAUUUUUGUUACUUAAUGAAUUUUUUUAUCCAAACGUGACAUUAAAUGCAGUUUUCACAGCUGUAUUCCUAGAUAUGUUUAAAAGAUUUUGGUAACUUUAGUUUAAAAAUGAAAAAUAGUUUUCAUUCUUUUUUUUAUGUGCAGUCAUUUGCUGAAGAAGUGCAAAACUUGAUUUUGCCUGAUGACCUCUGCAGAAGUUAAAAAUAAUUUCAUAUUGCUUUGAAACAUGAAUUAUUUGAUUGUUUCUGAUAAAGUUAAGAUUUUUAUUUGUUUCUUUGUUUAUCGCUCAGAAUUACUAGAAAGCACUAGUUAGUGCAUGUGCUCUGGAAAAUGAAGAGUUUAUAGUCUAUCACUCAACGCUUUAAAUUAAGGCAGCCCACUAAUAAACAUUUUGUGGGUUUUUUGGUGGUUUUUUUUGUUUGUUUGUUUGUUUGUUUUUUGUUUAUUAGAAAAUACCAAAACAAAAAGUGUCUUUUUCAAAGUUAACUACACUAAUUUAAAGUGUAAAUUUAAUGUAUUGAACAAUGAUAUUGAAAGUAAAGUCUUCCUAUAUAGCCUUUAGUUUGAAAAAUAGAAUACGGUCAAUGCCAAAGAGAUAGGGGAUUUGUUUAAGGAAUAAACACCACUGUUUAUUGAAAUAUUAAAUUAAAUUGUAUUUCUGGCUGAAAAAUAAAAAAGGUA